AUGGGAGCGGCCACGGCAUUUCGGAGCUGCGAGGCUGCAGGAGCACCGAUGCCGGCUUUCUACCGGGCAGUAUUGCUGAUGAGGCGCGAGCUGCUGAAAUGGGCUUCGGCCCCCUUUUCCACUUCCGGCCGUGCCGCUUCCUUGGAUGCAGCACGUGGGGCAGCUCUCUGUGCGCAGCUCUGUCAGACGCAUCCGGUUGCCCCUCAGCGUCGCGAUGCAGGUGACCGUGCCAUCUUUCGAAGGCUCCAGCGCCCUGUGCAGCAAGCACUGCAAGCUUUGCUGGGUGCCUGGCGGCCGCCCGUGCUUCGGCAGCGUCACCUCCAGACCUCGCACAACAUUGCAGACAGGUCAACCAAAUGCUCUGCAACCGGCUUUGAGCCACAGUCUCUCACCAGGCGACGCGCACACCUAAACACACGUACUGAAUGCAAGGAGCUAGUAUGA